AUGCCUCUACGAACCCUAGAUCCCUUCCGCCCGACUCAUUCCACCCUCACCCCGCAUCGCGCCGCCCCCGUCGCCCCGCAGCACACCGCCCCCCGCCCCGCAUCACGCCUCCCCGUCGGCGCUCGCACCGCGCCGCCCCCGUCGCCCCGCAGCGCGCCGCCCCCUCGCCCCGCACCGCGCUGCCCCCGUCGGCGCUCGCACCGCGCCGCCCCCGUCGUCGCCCCGCAGCGCGCCGCCCCCGUCGCCCCGCAUCACGCCGGCCCCUCCACCGCCCCCUCGCCCCCUCGCACCGCACCCGCGCACGCCAGGGAAGGGCUCGCGUCGGUCUCCCUCGACUCGCUCGCCCCCUCAGAUAGGGAUGCUGAAGUUAGAAAAGAGGGACAUGAAAUACCAAACAGAAAACUUCUACAAAGAAUGUUUGGUGAUGAGAAUGCAGAAGCAAAAAUAUUGAACCAAAAACAUGAUUUAUUGACUGCAAGGCCAAUAGAGGAGGCCUACCAGCAACAGAUACAAUCAUUAGAAGUUAAACUCUCAACUAUUAAUGAAGAAUGGAAGGGAAAGAGAGGUAUUGAGAAACAGCCUUUCCAUAGUCCUGACUUCAUUGCUGAAACAAUGGCUUUAAAUUUUUGGAUCAUGUAA